GUAAUGUUCACCAAUCAGCAAGAGGAUUCUGAAAGAUGUGAAAGCAUGGAGUUGGACAAUAAAAUCAGAGAUCUGAUCGAGAGGAAUGAUUCUCCUGAUCUUAAAGGGGCCACCCCAGGAGCCACACCAGGUCACAGAAAUUCAUGUUCUCUAAAGACUCCAGGAAAAACAGCUUCCAUGGCAUAUUGCCUACAGGGCACAACUAGAAUGAGUGCUGCAGAAAGUUCUUCGGAGCACGGAGAGCAUGAUCAAUCAUCAAGCAGAAAGAACUUGACAAGUUCUCUUGAACAAAAGAUAAGGUGCUUGGAAAAACAGAGAAAAGAGCUCCUGGAAGUUAACCAGCAAUGGGAUCAGCAAUUUAGAAGUAUGAAAGAGUUAUAUGAACGAAAGGUCGCAGAGCUGAAAAUGAAACUGGACGCCGCAGAAAGGUUCCUCAGCUCGCAGGAGAAGGAGCGGCUUCAAAGUCAGAGAGAGAGCGACCGGCUGCACGACCAAACCCGCCAGCGGCUGCAGCUCGAGGAGAAGGAAAAGGAGAGCCUAAGUGAAGAAUUACAUGAAUUGAAGAAAGAAAAUAAGCUUUUGAAGGAAAAAAACACUCUUGCGAGCAAGAAGAAGGAACAGUAUGAAUGUGAAAUAAAGCGCCUCAAUAAGGCUCUUCAAGAUGCCUUGAAAAUCGAGUGUUCUUCAUUUCCGGAGGAUUGUUUGGGAAAAUCUGAACUGGAGUGCAGACAUAAGGAGAUGAGAACAGAAAUGGAAGUUCUCAAACAGCAGGUGCAAAUAUAUGAAGAAGACUUCAAAAAGGAACGAUCAGACCGAGAAAGACUUAAUCAAGAGAAAGAGACUCUACAGAAAAUUAUUCAAACUUCUCAAUCCGAGUUGAAUAGGCUGAAUUCUCAGAUAAAAGCUUGUCAGAUGGAGAAAGAAAAACUCGAAAAGCAGUUAAAACAGUUCUACCCACUUCCAGUGAACGGACAAUAUUAUCCUCCUCAGAUGUAUUUCCCAAUCUGUAACUGUGGCUUGAAUUUCCAUCUGUGGGAUCCAUGCACACUGGCAGACCCUGGGACUGCACAAGAUCUACAUAAGCACCCACCAGACUAUCAGUGGUAUGCUCCUGACCAGUUUCCGCCAGAUGUGCAGCACAAGGCAAAUGGCUUCUCCUCAGAAAAGAAAGUCAAUCAGUAGAAGCACACACACGUGCAGAGCGUACGGGCGGAGGGAGAGCUUGGCCGAGGGCCCUCAUUUCUCUUUUUCCCGUGGCUUGCGUCUGCACAACUGCGUACCAUCUACUCCAUUAUUUGUGCCCGGCAGUGUCUCCCUGUGGCAUGGAUUGAGG